AUGACUCUUGUUCUGCUGGGUCUAGCCAUCCUGUUGCUCCACCGUGUGGCCUGUGAGAAACCCCUAGAAGAAACCAUUCCUCCCUUGGCUUGGCGCUUCACACAUUCCCUGUAUAAUGCCACCAUCUACGAAAACUCGGCUCCCAAGACCUACGUGGAAAGUCCAGUGAAGAUGGGCAUGUACCUGGCGGAUCCCCAGUGGGUGGUGAAGUACCGGAUCAUCUCUGGAGAUGCAGCCGGAGUGUUUAAGACUGAGGAGUACAUGGUGGGCAACUUCUGCUUUCUUAGGAUAAGAACCAAGAGCAGCAACACGGCGCUGCUCAACAGGGAGGUACGAGACAGCUACACGCUCAUAGUGCAAGCGUCAGACAAGAGCCUGGAGUUUGAAGCACUGACCCAAGUGGUCAUCCACAUCCUGGACCAGAAUGACCUGAAGCCCCUCUUCUCCCCACCUUCCUACAGAGUCACCAUCUCUGAGGACAAGCCCCUCAAGAGCCCCAUCUGCAAAGUGACUGCCACGGAUGCCGAUCUGGGCCAGAACUCUGAGUUCUAUUAUGCCUUUAAUGCCAGGUCAGAGGUGUUUGCCAUCCAUCCCACCAGUGGGGUGGUCACUGUGGCUGGGAAGCUGAAUGUCACAUGGCGAGGGAAGUAUGAGCUCCAGGUGCUGGCUGUGGACCGCAUGAGAAAAAUCUCAGAGGGCAAUGGGUUUGGCAACUUGGCUCCAUUGGUAAUUUACGUGGAGCCUGUGCACAGGAAGCCCCCAGCUAUCACCUCCGUGGUCAUGGCUCCAUCAGAUGGUGAUGAAGGUGACAUUUAUGCCACUGUCACGGUGGAAACAAAUGACUCUGGAGCUGAAGUAGAUUCCCUGGAGGUGGUUGGUGGUGAUCCUGGAAAGUACUUCAAAGCCUUCCAGUCCUAUGCCCAAGUCAACAAGUUCAACUUGGUGGCAGUCAGGGCUAUUAACUGGGAAGAACACCCGCAUGGCUUCAACCUCAGCUUCCAGGUCCACAGUAGGAACAGACCUCCUGCCCACUCCCCCAUCAGGGCUUUCCACUUCCCACCCUCCAAGCUGAACAACCUCAGAUUUGAGAAGACGGUUUACAGAGUAAAGCUCAGUGAAUUCUCCCCUCCUGGAAGUCGCGUGGCAUUGGUGAAGGUCACCACUGCCCUCCCCACUUUGCGUUAUGUUCUAAAGCCAUCCUCUGGGAACACGGUAUUCAAGCUCAAUGCUCGCACAGGCCUGAUCACCACCAUGAAGCAUGUGAACUUCAAUGACCAAAACCAGUACCAGCUCCACGUGAAAACCUCCCUGGGCCUGGCUACCACCACAGUGAUCAUUGACGUUGUGGACUGUAACAACCACGCCCCAGUCUUCAACAGGUCUUCCUACGAAGGCACCUUCGAUGAGAACAUCCCUCCUGGUACCAGUGUUUUGACCGUGACAGCCACAGACCAGGACCACGGGGACAACGGACAUGUCACCUAUUCCAUUGUUGGCCCUAAAACUGUCCCAUUUUCUAUUGACCCUUACCUGGGGGUCAUCUCCACCACCAAACCCAUGGACUAUGAACUCAUGAAAAGAAUAUAUACCUUCCGGGUCCGGGCAUCAGACUGGGGGUCUCCUUUUCGCCAGGAGAAGGAGGUGUCUGUUUCUCUGAGGCUCAAGAAUUUGAAUGACAACGAGCCUAUGUUUGAGGAAGUCAACUGUACUGUGUCCCUUCGUCAAGAUGCACCAGUCGGGAAAUCGAUAAUGGCUGUGUCCGCCAUAGACAUGGAUGAACUUCAGAACCUAAGGUAUGAAGUUGUGUCUGGCAAUGAACAAGACUAUUUCUAUCUUAACCAUUUCUCAGGGGUGAUAUCUCUCAAACGCUCUUUUAUGAAUCUCACUGCCGUUCGACCUACCAACUAUUCUCUGAAAAUUACAGCCUCUGACGGCAAGAACUAUGCAUCCCCCACAACUCUGAAAGUCACUGUGGUGAAGGACCCUCACUCUGAGGUCCCUGUACGGUGUGAUAAAACAGGAGUGCUGACCCAUAUCACAAAAACCAUCCUCCAGUCCGCCGGGCUCCAGGGCCAAGAGUUGGGUGAAGAGGAAUCCACCUCCCUCAGCAACUAUCAGAUCAACCACCAUGCUCCCCAGUUUGAGGACCACUUACCCCAGUCCAUCGACAUUCUAGAGCAGGUGCCCGUUAACACCCCCUUGGCCCGCCUGGCAGCCACUGACCCAGAUGCUGGCUUUCACGGCAGUCUGGUCUAUGUGAUUGCAGAUGGCAAUGAGGAAGGUUGUUUUGACAUUGAGCUGAAGACGGGGCUGCUCACGGUGGCAGCAGUCUUGGACUAUGAGACCACCAGCUUCUACGUCCUCAAUGUGACUGUGUACGACCUGGGCACUCCCCAGAAGUCCUCCUGGAAACUGUUGACUGUGACCGUGAAAGACUGGAAUGAUAACCCACCCAGGUUUCCUCCGGGUGGGUACCAGCUCACUAUUUCUGAGGAUACAGACGUUGGAACCACAAUCGCAGAGCUGAAGACAAAAGACGCUGACUCAGAGGAUAAUAGGAGGGUUCGCUACACUCUGCUAACCCCCACCGAGAAGUUCUCUCUCCACCCACUCACUGGGGAGCUGGUUGUCACAGGACACCUCGACCGGGAAUCAGAGGCUCGGUACAUACUCAAGGUAGAAGCCAGAGACCAGCCCAUGAAUGGCCACCAGCUCUUCUCUGUCACCGACUUGAUAAUCACAUUGGAGGAUACCAAUGACAACCCUCCGCAGUGUAUCACACAGCACAGUAGACUGAAGGUGCCAGAGGACAUGCCCCUUGGGACAGUCUUGACAUUUCUAGAUGCAUCUGACCCUGACCUGGGCCCUGCAGGUGAAGUGAGAUAUACCCUGGUGGAUGACGUCCAUGGAACCUUCCGGGUGGAGCUGAUGACCGGAGCUCUGAGUCUGGAAAGAGAGCUGGACUUUGAGAAGCGGGCUGGUUACAAUCUGAGCCUUUGGGCCAGUGACAGUGGGAAGCCUCUAGCCCGCAGGACCCUCUGCCAUGUAGAAGUAUUAGUCCUGGAUGUAAAUGAGAACCUCCACUCUCCUCGCUUCUCAUCCUUUGUAUAUCAGGGCCAGGUGCAGGAGAACAGCCCUGCAGGGACCGCGGUCAUGGUAGUCACGGCCCAGGACAAUGACAGUGGCUUGGAUGGAGAGCUCCAGUACUUCCUACGGGCUGGCACUGGCCUGGAAGCCUUCAGCAUCAACCAAGACACAGGAAUGCUCGAGACUCUGGCACCACUGGACCGAGAAUUCACACCCUUCUACUGGUUGACGGUACUGGCUGUGGACAGGGGCUCGAUUCCCCUCUCUGCCGUCACUGAAGUCUACAUUGAGGUUACGGACAUCAACGACAACAUACCCUGCAUGUCGCAGCCCGUGUUCUACCCCUCUGUCCAAGAAGAUGCCCCCUUGGGUACCUCCGUGCUUCAGCUGGAGGCCUGGGACCCAGACUCCAGCUCUCAAGGGAAGCUAACCUUCAACCUUACCAGUGGGAACCACAUGGGCUACUUUGUCAUUCAUCCUUCCACAGGUCUGCUCUCCACUGCCAGACAGCUGGACCGAGAGAGCAAAGACGAGCAUGUCCUGGAGGUGACUGUGCUGGAUAACGGGGAGCCCCCUCUAAAGUCCACCUCCAGAGUGGUGGUGUGUAUCUUGGAUGUCAAUGACAACCCGCCCGUGUUCUCCCACAAGCUCUUCAAUGUCCGCCUUCCUGAGAGACUGAGCCCCUUGUCCUCGAAGCCUGUGUACAGGCUGGUGGCUUCAGAUCCAGAUGAAGGUCUCAACGGCGACAUCACCUACAGCAUUGAGGAGAGUGAUGAGGAGGGCUUCAGAAUUGACCCUGUCACGGGGGUUGUAUCCUCCAGCAGCACUUUUGCGGCAGGAGAAUACAAUAUCCUAACGAUCAAGGCAACAGACAGUGGGCAGCCAGCCCUCUCCACCAGUGUCCGACUUCACAUUGAAUGGAUUCCCCAGCCUCGGCCAUCCUCCAUCCCACUGUCCUUUGAUGAGCCCCACUACAGCUUCACAGUCAUGGAAACGGACCCUGUGAACCACAUGGUGGGAGUCAUCAGUGUAGAAGGGCGGCCUGGCCUCUUCUGGUUCCAUAUCUCAGAUGGGGAUAAGGACAUGGACUUUGACAUUGAGAAGACCACGGGCAGCAUUGCCAUAGCCAGGCCUCUUGAUACAAGGAGAAAGUCAAGCUAUAACUUGACUGUGGAGGUGACGGAUGGGUUCCACACAAUUGCCACCCAGGUCCACAUCUUCAUGAUUGCCAACAUCAACCGCCAUCGGCCUCAGUUUCUGCGGGAUCACUAUGAAGUCACGGUCCCCCAGGACACACUGCCUGGGGUAGAACUCCUCCAGGUCCAGGCCUCGGAUCAAGACAAUGGCAAGGGCCUCAUCUAUACCAUCCACAGCAGCCAGGACCCUGGAAGUGCCAGCCUCUUCCAGCUGGACCCAAGCAGUGGAGUGUUGGUGACAGUGGGGAGAUUGGACCUGCUCUCCUGGCCUUCUCGGCACAUUCUGAUGGUCAUGGUCCGAGACCAAGAGAUGCCCAUCAAGAGGAACUUUGUGUGGGUGACCAUUCACGUGGAGGAUGGAAACCUCCACUCACCUCACUUCACUCAGCUCCAUUAUGAGGCAAAUGUUCCUGACACCACCGCCCCUGGCACGGAGCUGCUGCAGGUCCGAGCUGUGGAUGCUGACCGGGGAGCCAACGCUGAAGUCCAUUAUUCCUUCCUUAAAGGGAACAGUGAAGGUUUCUUCAACAUCGACGCCUUCCUAGGCACCAUCACAGUAGCCCAGAGACUGGAUCAUGUCCACCACACAAGGUAUACGUUAACUGUGAAGGCAGAAGAUCAAGGCUCCCCCCAGAGGCAUGACCUGGCUGUGGUGGUCAUUCAUGUCCACCCCUCCGACAACAGCGCUCCCGUCUUUUCAAAAGAUGAGUAUUUCAUAGAGAUCUCAGAAUCAGUCCCUGUUGGUUCCCCGAUCCUCCUCAUCUCUGCCACAAGCUCCUCUGAAGUCACCUAUGAGUUAAGAGAGGGGAACAAGGGUGGCGUGUUCGCCAUGAACUCCUAUUCCGGCCUCAUCUCCACCAAGAAGCGCUUAGACCAUGAGAAAAUCUCAUCCUACCAACUGAAGAUCCGAGGCAGCAACACGGCUGGCGUGUUCACGGAUGUGGUGGCUCUUGUCUACGUCAUCGAUGAGAACGACAACGCUCCUGCGUUUCUAAAGUCAACCUUUGUGGGCCACAUCAGUGAGGUGGCUCCUCCACACAGUAUGAUCCUGGACGAAGACAACAGCCCCUUAGUGAUCCGUGCCUCUGACAGUGACCAGGAAGCCAAUUCCUUGUUGGUCUAUAAAAUCUUGGAGCCAGAAAUUUUAAAGUUUUUCAAAGUUGACCCUAGUAUGGGAACCCUAACGAUCACAUCAGAGCUGGAUUACGAGAACACACCCUUGUUCCAAUUCAACAUCUAUGUUCAUGACCAAGGAACACCCAUCUUAUUUGCACCCAGACCUGCCAAGGUCAUCAUCCAUGUCCGAGAUGCGAAUGACUCUCCCCCCAGGUUCUCAGAGCAGAUAUACGAAGUGGCGGUUGUGGGACCCGUCCACCCUGGCAUGAAGCUUCUCACAGUGCAGGCCAAGGAUGAUGACUCCGAAGUCACCUACAGCAUUAAAACUGGCGACAUGGAUGAAGCUGUUGCCAUUCAUCCCCUAACAGGCCAAAUAACUGUGGUUAAUCCUGCUGUUCUGGGGUUUUCUCGGAAGCUCACCAUCAAGGCUUCUGAUGGUCUGUAUCAAGACACUGCACUGGUAAAAAUAUCGUUGACCCAAGUCCUUGACAAAAGCUUGCGGUUUGAUCAGGAUAUCUACAGGGCAAGAGUGAAGGAGAAUAUACCACACAGAAAGGCACUGGUGAUUCUUGGUGUCCAUGGAAACCAUUUGAAUGACACCCUUUCCUACUUCCUCUUGAAUGGCACAGACUUAUUUCAUGUGGUCAAGUCAGCAGGUGUGUUGCAAACCAGAGGAGUGACGUUUGAUCGGGAGCAGCAAGAUACUCAUGAAGUGGUAGUGGAAGUGAGGGACAAUCGGGUCCCUCAACGAGUGGCUCAGGCUCUAGUUAGGGUCUCUGUUGAGGAUGCCAAUGACAAUGCCCCUGAGUUUCAGCAUCUGCCCUAUUACACAGUCAUCCAAGAUGGCACCGAACCCGGGGAUGUCCUCUUUCAGGUAUCUGCCACUGAUAAGGAUUUGGGAGCCAAUGGGACAGUCACAUAUGGGUUUGCGGAAGAUUAUGCCUAUUUCCGGAUUGACCCCUAUGUUGGGGACAUAUCACUUAAGAAGCCCUUUGAUUAUCAAGCUUUGAAUAAGUAUCACCUCAAAGUCAUUGCUCGGGAUGCAGGUACCCCACCCCUCCAAACUGAGGCAGAGGUGCAUGUCACCGUCAGAAAUAAAUCCAACCCAUUGUUUCAGAGUCCUUACUACAGAGUCAAAGUCCCUGAAAAUAUUACCCUCUACACCCCGAUUCUCCACACACAGGCCCGGAGUCCGGAAGGACUGCGGCUCAUCUACAACAUCGUUGAGGAAGAGCCUUUGAUGCUAUUCACCACAGACUUUAAGACAGGUGUCCUUAUGGUGACAGGACCUCUGGACUAUGAAUCUAAGAACAAACAUGUGUUCACGGUAAGAGCCACAGACACGGCUCUGGGGUCCUUUUCUGAAGCCACAGUAGAAGUCUUAGUUGAGGACAUCAAUGACAACCCUCCUACUUUUCCCCAAAUGGUAUAUACCACUUCGGUUUCUGAGGGCUUACCUGCUCAGACCCCCGUGAUCCAACUGUUGGCUUCUGACCAAGACUCGGGACAGAACCAAGAUGUCUCCUAUGAGAUUGUGGAGGAUGGCUCAGAUGUCUCUAAGUUCUUCCAGAUCAAUGGGAGCACGGGGGAGAUGUUCACCAUGCGAGAGCUGGACUAUGAAGCCCAACAGCACUUUCACGUGAAAGUCAGGGCUAUGGAUAGAGGCGAUCCCCCCCUCACCGGCGAAACCCUUGUGGUCGUCAAUGUGUCUGACAUCAAUGACAACCCCCCAGAGUUCAGAGAACCUCAGUAUGAAGCCAACGUCAGUGAGCUAGCCACCUGUGGCCAUCUGGUUCUAAAAGUUCAAGCCCUUGACCCUGACGUGGGGGACACCUCCCGCCUGGAGUACCUGAUUCUUUCUGGCAACCAGGACCGACAUUUCUCCAUCAAUAGCUCAUCAGGAAUCAUUUCUAUGUUCAACCUUUGCAAAAAGCAGCUGGGCUCAUCUUACAACUUGAGGGUAGGGGCUUCUGAUGGGGUCUUCCGAGCAACUGUGCCUGUAUAUAUCAACACCACAAAUGCCAACAAGUAUAGCCCCGAGUUCCAGCAACAUGUCUAUGAAGCCGAAUUAGCUGAGAAUGCAAGAGUGGGGACAAAGGUGAUUGAGUUGCUAGCCAUAGACAAAGACAGUGGUCCAUACGGUACAGUGGAUUACACCAUCAUCAAUAAGCUAGCAGGGGAAAGGUUCUUCAUAAAUCCCCGUGGUCAGAUCACCACUCUACAGAAACUGGACCGGGAAAAUUCAACCGAAAGGGUGAUUGCUAUUAAGGUUAUGGCAAGGGAUGGAGGGGGGAAAGUGGCCUUCUGCACUGUGAAAAUCAUCCUCACUGAUGAAAAUGACAAUGCCCCACAAUUCAAAGCGUCUGGGUACACCGUGUCCAUCCCAUCCAAUGUCAGCAGAGACUCCCCUGUCAUCCAAGUACUGGCUUAUGAUGCAGAUGAAGGUCGGAAUGCAGAUGUCACCUAUUCAGUAGACUCGGCUGAGGACCUGGCUGACGAGAUCAUUGAAGUCAAUCCCACCACUGGUGUGGUCAAGGUGAAGGAGAGCCUGGUGGGGCUGGAAAACAGGGCUGUUGACUUCAAUAUCAAAGCCCAGGAUGGUGGCCCUCCGCACUGGGACUCUCUGGUACCAGUACGACUGCAAGUGGUUCCUAAUGAAGUACCUUUGCCCAAGUUUUCUGAACCUCUGUAUACUUUCUCUGCAUCUGAAGAUCUUCCAGAAGGUUCUGAAAUUGGGUUUGUGAAAGCCGUAGCUGCUCAAGAUCCAGUCAUCUACAGUCUGGUUCAGGGUACCACUCCAGAGAGCAACAGGGAUGGUGUCUUCUCCUUGGACCAAGACACGGGCGUCCUGAAGGUGAGGAAGGCCAUGGACCACGAGUCUACUAAAUGGUAUCAGAUUGACCUGAUGGCGCAUUGCCCUCAUGAGGAUACUGACUUGGUUUCAUUGGUCUCUGUCAACAUUCAAGUGGAAGAUGUCAAUGACAAUAGGCCUGUAUUCGAGGCUGAUCCAUAUAAGGCUUUCCUCACUGAGAAUAUGCCAGGAGGGACCACAGUCAUCCAGGUGACUGCCAAUGACCAGGACACCGGGAGUGAUGGACAGGUGAGCUACAGACUGUCAGUGGAGCCCGGGAGCAGCAUCCAUGAACUCUUUGCUGUUGACAGUGAGAGUGGCUGGAUCACCACACUCCAGGAGCUCGACUGUGAGACUCAACAGACUUAUCGUUUCUAUGUGGUGGCCUUUGACCAUGGACAGACCAUCCAGCUGUCUUCUCAGGCCCUGGUCGAGGUAUCCGUCACGGACGAGAACGACAACCCCCCUCGGUUUGCUUUUGAAGACUAUAGAGGCUCUGUGGUGGAGAACAGCGAGCCUGGUGAGCUUGUGGCCACUCUGAAAACUUUGGAUGCUGACAUCUCGGAGCAGAACCGGCAGGUGACCUGCUACAUCACAGAGGGAGACCCCUUGGGUCAGUUUGGCAUCAGUCAAGUUGGGGAUGAAUGGAGGAUCUCCUCAAAGAAGACUCUGGACCGAGAGCACAUAGCCAAGUAUCUACUCAGAAUCACAGCGUCAGAUGGCAAGUUCCAGACUUCAGUCCCUGUAGAGGUCUUCGUCCUGGACAUCAAUGAUAACAGCCCACAGUGCUCACAGCUUCUCUACACUGGCAGAGUCCGUGAAGACGUCACUCCUGGACACUUCAUCUUGAAAGUUUCUGCCAUAGAUGCAGACAUGGACACCAAUGCUCAGAUCACAUACUCUCUGCAUGGACCCGGGGCCCAGGAAUUCAAGCUGGACCCUCACACAGGUACCAAUGCCCAGGUGAUGUACUCACUGACGGACUCUGCUGAUGGCCAGUUCUCCAUUGAUGCCACUUCGGGGGUGAUUCGUCUGGAGAAGCCUCUGCAGGUCAGAUCAAACUCAGCUCUGGAGCUCACAGUCCAGGCCUCAGACCUAGGCAUCCCAAUACCACUCUCCACCUUGGGCACUGUCACAGUCUCCGUGGUGGGCCUGGAAGACUACCUUCCCAUCUUCCUGAAUGCGGAGCACAGCACACAGGUGCCCGAGGAUGCUGUGAUAGACACGGAGAUACUGCAGCUGGCUACCCUCACACGCCCGGGCUCAGAGAAGACUGGUUACCGCAUCACGGGUGGGAAUGAGCAGGGGAAGUUCCGACUGGAUGCUCACACAGGCAUCCUAUAUGUCAACGGGAACCUGGACUAUGAGACAACUCCCAAGUACUUCCUGUCUAUUGAAUGCAGCCGGAAGAGCUCUUCCUCCCUCAGUGAUGUGACCACCAUUGUGGUUAAUGUCACUGAUGUUAAUGAACACCACCCCAGAUUCACCCAUGACUUGUACACUGUGAGGGUCUUAGAGAACGCUGCUGUCGGUGAUGCCAUCUUGACCGUAUCAGCAUCUGAUGACGAUGGCCCUGUAAAUAGUGCCAUUACCUACAGUCUGGUUGAAGGGAACCAGCUUGGACACUUCACCAUAAACCCAAAGAAGGGGAAGCUUCAGGUGGCCAAGGCACUGGACUGGGAACAGACACCCAGCUAUUCCCUGAGGCUCCGAGCCACAGACAGUGGGCAGCCCCCAUUGCAUGAGGACACAGAAGUGGCUGUUGAGGUGGUUGAUGUCAAUGACAACCCACCCAGGUUCUUCCAGCUCAACUACAGCACCGCUGUCCAGGAGAACUCCCCCAUUGGCGUCAAAGUCCUGCAGCUGAUCCUGGAUGAUCCUGACUCUCCACAGAAUGGGCCCCCUUACUCCUUCCGGAUCACUAAGGGGAACACUGGGUCUGUGUUCCGAGUGACGCCCGAUGGAUGGCUAGUGACAGCUGCGGGCCUGAGCAGGAGGGCCCAGGAGUGGUAUCAGCUUCACAUCGAGGCCUCAGACAGUGGCCUCCCGCCCUUGUCAUCUUCCACACUGGUCAGAGUACACGUGACAGAGCAGAGCCGCUACCCACCCUUCACACUCCCACUGGAGAUCUUCAUCACAGUGGCAGAGGAGGAAUUCCAGGGUGGCAUGGUAGGUAAAAUCCAUGCCACAGACCGAGACCCACAGGACACACUGACCUACAGCCUGGAGCUAAAGGAAAGCCUGGGCAGGUACUUCUCAGUGGGUGCAUCAGAUGGCAAGAUUAUCGCCUCCCAAGGACUGCCUCGUGGCCGAUACUCCCUCAACGUCACAGUCAGUGACGGGACCUUCACCACCACCACUGGGGUCCACGUCCACGUGUGGCACAUGGGGCAGGAGGCUCCUCCGCAAGCCGUGUGGCUGGGUUUUCAUCAGGUCACCCCUGAAGAACUGGUGAGCGACCACUGGCGCAACCUGCAGAGAUUCCUCAGCAAUACCCUGGACAUCAAACGAGCCAACAUCCACCUGGCCAGCCUGCAGCCUGCAGAGGCCACGGCUGGCGUGGAUGUGCUUCUGGUCUUUGAGGGGCAUUCCGGAACCUCCUAUGACCUCGAGGAGUUGGCCUCUGCCAUAGUUCAUUCAGCCAAAGAGAUGGAACACUUGGUGGGAAUUCAGAUGAGGUCCGUUCUACCCGUGGUACCAUGCCAAGGGCCAAGCUGCCCUGAUCAAACCUGCCGAGAGACAGUGUCCCUGGAGCCCAGGAUUGGGCCGUCUUACAGCACAGCCCGGCUCAGCAUCCUGACACCACGACACCAUCUGGGGAGGAACUGCUCCUGCAAUGGUACCACCUUGAGGUUCAGUGGCCAGAGCUACGUGCGGUACAGGCCCCUAGAGGCUCAGAACUGGCAGGUCCACUUCUAUCUGAAAACGCUCCAGCCAUGGGCUGUUCUAAUGUUCACCAACGAAACAAUCUCUCUUUCCCUGAAGCUGGCCAAUGGCUUCCUCCAGCUGGAAUAUGGCUGUCCAGGUGGUUUCUAUGGAAACCUUUCUUCCCAGCAUCCUGUGAAUAAUGGACAGUGGCACUCCAUGCUGUUGGAGGAGAGGGACACUUCCGUUCAUCUGUUGGUCGACACCACAGACAACACCUCCCUUGUCAUCCCAGAGGAAUGUCAGAGUCUGAGGACAGAAAGACAACUACUGCUGGGUGGCCUUGUCCCCUCAAAUCCUUCCUUGAAUGUUUCCUUGGGAUUUGAAGGCUGCCUGGAUGCUGUUGUGGUCAAUGGUGAGAGGUUAGAGCCACUUGGCCACGGAAAGAAGAUGGUGGGCUGGCUGGAAAGACAGGCCCUCACCCAAUGCUGCUGGCCCAGCACUGCCUGCAGCCAGAACCCAUGCCUCAACGGCGGGAGCUGCUCCCCUGCCCUUGGAUCAGGCUACCUGUGCAGAUGCCCCCCUCCGUUCUCUGGCAGGAACUGUGAACAUGGAAGGGAGAACUGCACUUCUGUGCCCUGCCAGGAAGGUGGCACAUGUGUCUCCUCCCCAGAAGGCACUUCCUGUAACUGUCCUCACCCUUACACAGGUGACAGGUGCGAGAUGGAAGCGCGGGGUUGCUCCGGAGGACACUGCCUCAUUACUCCCGAGAUUAAGAGCGGGGACUGGGGACAGCAGGAGCUUCUGAUCAUCAUAGUAGCUCUACCUCUCAUCAUCAUUGUCACCGUGGGGCUCCUCCUCUACUGCCGUCGCUGCAAGUCUCACAAGCCGGUGGCCAUGGAGGACCCAGACCUCCUAGCCAGGAGCAUUGGCGUCGACACCCAAGCUUCACCUGCCAUUGAGCUCGACCCCCUGAGCACCAGCUCCUGCAACAACUUGAACCAACAAGAGCCCAGCAAGACCUCAGUUCCAAGUGAACUUGUCACCUUCGGAACUAGCUCUAAACAGCGGCCGAUGGUGUGCAGCGUGCCGCCCAGGCUCCCACCAGCCGCUGUCUCCUCACACCCUGGCCAUGAGCCCAUCAUCAAGAGAACCUGGUCACGCGAGGAACUGGUAUACCCAAGCGGAGCUGCGGUCUGGCCCCCAACUUACUCCCGGAAGGAGCAUUGGGAAUACCCACACCCCGAAGCAAUGCAGGGUCCUCUGCCACCCUCUCCUCACCGCCAUGUCAGCCCUGCAGUGAUGCCAGAUCCCACGGGUCUCUAUGGUGGCUUCCCUUUCCCGCUGGAACUGGAAAACAAGCGGGCACCCCUCCCACCCCGUUACAGCAACCAGAACCUGGAGGACCUGAUGCCUCCACGACCUCCAAGUCCCCGUGAACACCUGCUUGCCCCCUGUCUCAACGAGUACACAGCCAUCAGCUACUACCACUCCCAGUUCCGCCAAGGAGGGGGUGGGCCCUGCCUGGCCGAGGGGGGCUAUAAGGGAGUGAGCAUGCGCCUCAGCAGAGCCGGGCCCUCCUAUGCUGACUGUGAAGUGAACGGUGGACCCGCGACAGGUCGGAGCCAACCUCGUGCACCCCCCAAUUAUGAGGGCUCGGACAUGGUAGAGAGUGACUAUGGGAGCUGUGAGGAAGUCAUGUUCUAGCUUCCGGCUCUCAGAGGAAGGCACGGGGAGUCCCAGGCCCUGCACUGUCUUCUAGUCUCAUGGGGAGUUAAGUUGGGUGUGACUAGGAGAGAGAAGGAAGCCACUACAUCCCCAGUCCAGAAGGCCAUCUCUUCAAAUGUGCUCUUCGGAUCCGCAGCUUGUCCUGGAGGGUGGAGGGAAGCUGAGGGUAGAGCUGUAAAAAGAGCGGUGGGGCCCCAGGGAAGAGGGGAUGCCCAGACAGGUGCACUCUGGGGUGAGACCUAGGAGGGCAAUCCCUCAGGUGGAUGGUCUCCCAGCCCCAACAAGAAAGAGCGCCAACUACUGGCUCAGCAUAUUUGGGCCACAUCCUCGGAGCUGCUCUCAGGCCCAUAGUGCAGGAGCCAGGUUUGUGCCCAACAGGCAACCAUGCCUGCAUCUGCUGUGGAUGGAAGACCCAGGGUCUUCUGAGAUCCAUGCGGUGACCUCUGAAGGAGCUGAAGGGCGAUCAGCCUUCCAGCAGGUACUCCAUCACCUGACUAUCAGCUUGGUGUGUACGUUUGGGCCAUCUAUGCCAAGUGUCUCAAGUCAGCGCCGUCCUGGGCACUGGGAGCAAUAGCGUCCUUGGGAGAUGAGUCACUUAGACCUCCAACUCCUGGAAGUCUUGUUGCUGAAGCUUCAGAAGGACUUGUCCCACCUCUGCUAGUGGGAUCUUGCCCAGAACCUUCUGCGUUGAAGAAUUCAGAUCUUGUGUAAUGCUGAGUUAAUUGUCCCAAGUUUCCCAGGCACUUUUGGCCAAAAGCAAGAAGGAAGAAGUUCAUUUGAAAAACUCUUAGGCACUUUUCAGCCUUGCUGUCUGGAUGUGUUUUCCCAAAGGGGUUCUUCUUGUCUGGACACAAGGAACUCAACUUAUUCAGGGCCAGGUGAAGGUGGAGAGCCAGCCAGCAGAUCCAGGCCAGACACCCUGCCCCCUCCCUCUUCUUCCUCACAGAUGUCUGCCAAUCAAGUGUUACCCACACUGACUCGAGCCUAUGCAUGGAGGGUCAGGGUGGGCACAUGUCUACACACUUGCGUACCCAUGGACAGUGUGUAUGUGCACAGGUGUAGAAAGUUAUGUAGCUCGGAGUAGCAGAGACCGGAAGCCAGGGAGACCUGUGGUGGCCUGAGCAACUCCGUCCUCUGCCAGUCCCUCUCUGGUCCACUGCCUUUUCACGUGUGUGGUUUUCAAGUCAGAAGUCAAAAGGAAGAGUCGCAGAGACUCUUACCCACGGGGCUGUCCACGAAGACAGCUGUGUGGGGAGGAUGCACUAGUGUGCCCCGUGUGACUGUGGGUGUGAGUGAUUGAUUGCACGAGUGGC